UGUGUGUUUGUGGAUGAUGUCAUCUCCGUGCGCGGUCUUCUAUGACAGGUCCUAGGAGAGAAGACAAGGGGGUUCCAUGCUGUGACCUUGUGGGUGCGGAGCUCCUGACCGGACAUCGGGGUGCCUGUCCCCAGCUGAUGCAGAUCUUUCUUAGAACAUUAAACGCUGAGUAAAUAAGAAUGGCAUUGGGAUUCUAUAAAGCUGUGCAAUCAAGAACAGUAGGAUUAAAGGUCUUUACAGAGCACCCUGCCCUGUCACUGGUAUGGCCUGCCUCAAUCCGCCAUAAAUUCACAAGAUCUCGUCUUCCUGUAGAGACAUUUCAACCAAAGCCAGAAGACCAUGAAAAAUAUGAGGGAGAUGCUGAACAACCACACAAAUUACAUGUCAUCACUAGAGUAAGAUCAGUUAUUGGUAGACCAUAUUGGGAAAAGGAUGUAGUAAGGAGGCUUGGACUUCAAAAGGCUCAAAUACCAGUUAUACAUAAGAACAUCCCCACAGUCAACGAAAAACUUAAAAUGAUCAAGCACUUGGUUAGAGUUAAGCCAUUGAAACUGCCACAUGGCCUUCCAACAGAAGAGGAAAUGGCUAGCGCUUACCUGAACACUAAGAACGAGCUGGUCAUUUGUAAAAAGCUACAGCCAGUGGAAACCAAAUCUGUGGAAUCAUAGUGGAAUAGUGGUGCCUGUUAUAUCUGUAAUUUGUUAAAUAAAUCUUUUGUAUGGAU